GUGUUGCACUACGCGUUAGUACGUUACUUCCUUGUGUUAAACAGGUUACAUGCACACAAACAGUGUCUCAUUUCACAGUUAACAAUGAGUUUGUUUUUGCCCAAAUUGACAUGCAAAAAGGAUAUAGACGAAGUUAUAAAGGGUGUUGCCGAAAAGGUUUUGGUUCUUCGGUUUGGAAGAGAUGAAGACUCGGUUUGCCUCCAGCUGGAUGAAAUUCUGUCAAAAACAGCCCACGACCUGAGUAACAUGGCUUCAAUAUAUAUUGUGGACGUGGAUAAAGCACCGAUCUACACAAGAUAUUUCGAUAUCAGCUACAUACCAUCAACGGUUUUUUUCUUCAAUGGGCAACAUAUGAAAGUUGAUUAUGGGUCCCCAGACCACACCAAGUUUGUGGGGAGCUUUAAGACCAAGCAGGACUUCAUUGACCUGAUCGAGGUGAUCUACAGGGGAGCUAUGAGAGGGAAGAUGAUUGUCCAGAGUCCCAUCGACCCACAGAAUAUUCCUAAAUAUGAUCUCUUAUACCACGGUAUCUAGUGUGGGUCUUUGGAUAGCAGAGUACAUUUAAUAGUGUCACUUUUCAAGAAGACUUAAUAUCUCGAUUUGGACGUCUCUAAUGCACUAGACAUUCAUACAGUAGAGCUGGGUUCAACUCACUUUGUCAGGUGUAAUGUUUGACAAUCCCAAAACUAAUGCAAAGGCCUUAAACUGUUUAACAUCUGUUAUGUUUCCUGUGGAAAUAACAAAGUAAAAAGAAGAGUUUUUCAUACUUUUAGCUGCUUCAAAGACUUUGUAUUGUUUCUGCUUGGAUUUUCCAUUUAUUUUGUAUUAUAAAUGCAUUGUUUUGUUUGAUAAUUUGGUUAAUGUCAUGUUUGCAAAUGUGUAUUAAAUAUCUCCAUCAAUG